AUGCCACUCAAAUGGGUUUUGCAUUGGCAACCCAACGCAGGAACAACAGUGAACACCCAGAUCCUCAAUGAAGUAUCUCAGUGCGUGGAGAGCAUUAACGGCGUUAAAGAAGGCAGAUGGAAAGCUACUCUCACCUACUAUAAACCCAUACUACGAGAACCAUCACAAGCUGCUGAAUUACCGCGAGAAUUCUUCGGUAUUUCUCUGCCAGAGCAGCCAAAUAAAUAUUACUUCAUAAUCCGAGAUCAAAGGAUUGUUCUUGAGGCAGAUUCCUCCAUUCAAACGAUAAUGGAGAAACUUCAGUCUUACAAGUCCAGGAUUGCCGUUUACUUUGAGGGUUUUCAGUAUCAACUUGGGGACUUUCAGUUGCGAGUAGGGAAGGUCACCCCAACUCAUUCCGACAACUUGAGGGGAAUUAUUAUGGAGGUGGAAUAUCUUCCUCUAUCAUCAGUGGAGAAAUCCAGGCAAGUCAUGGAGGAGUUUGUUGAUAUAUGGCACGAAGCCAUCGCAAAAAGAUCAUUACCAGGCCAUUUUAUGCAUAUGGAACCAAACUUCGUGGAGUAUGGUCUCACAGAUCACUAUGGUUCGCAACACACAGCUGUGCAGUAUGCUACUGUCAUGGCUCAACAAGUUGCGACCCAGGUUCAGUCAUGUGUUGUUAGAUCUAAUUUUCAUGGCGCAUGUGACUGGACUCAAAGUUUUGCGUUGGCCGCUUUAAGGUCAUUGGCUACUCUACUUCGCAGACAACAACACCUCUUCUCAUACACUUACAAACUCUCAUUGCAGAUGGGGUCAAAGCCUCCACAAGAUGCCCCAAGGAAGUAUAGGUUUAUGCCUAAAGUUCCCCCGCGCCGAGUGCCAAAUCCUGAAGUUAAAACUGAAAAGGUGGAGAAUGUGGGUACUCUACAGGCCAUGAAUUUGAUGAAGCAAUUCCAAAAACCAGAUAUUGCAUUUGGUCCUGGAGCUGCUGCACCUAGGCCCUCUCGAAGCUGGAGUACAAUUAACAGAGAUCAGGGUUCAUCUUCAAAUGGUAGUGCCAAUGCUCCAGGCCUAAGAGAGAAAGAAUACGUUGAACCAUGGGUAGGAUUAUUACAGUUAUUAUCCCGUGAGUCUCCCUAUGAGGAGGCCAUACUUAGGAAAUCCAGCUGUACGCAUUUUGCUAUGAUCAAGGCAUUACCUAUUUACCUAAUUGGUUCAAAACUUGCUGCUGGUUUGAGUUGUCUUCAGUCAUUUCUUGAUUCAAUACUUGAUGAGGAGGAAUUUGGGGAGGCUUCCGAAUCUGUAACACAUGAUGAAAAUUCAACAAAUUCUGCAGUGGAGCUUGGUUUGAUGGAGGAAAAUGUUGAAGCGAGUCUGCUUUUUAUUCAGUUACCACCAACUGUGCCCAUGAUAAGGCGAUCAGCUACAGCAGAUACCCCUGAUGUUAAGGAAAGCUCUAGGCCAUCAGGUGGUGCACGUGCAAUUGAGAAGACUUGCGGAUUAGAUGAGCUACCAGCAGGCUACAUGGGUAAAGUGCUAGUGUACAGGAGUGGUGCUGUUAAGCUGAAGCUUGGGGAUACCCUUUAUGAUGUCUCCCCAGGUAUGAGUUCUACAUUUGCUCAAGAUGUUGUAGCUAUUAAUAGAGGAGAGAAAACUUGUUGUGUGGUUGCAGAAAUUGAGAAGCGUGCUACACUAACCCCUGAUGUGGAUGCCAUUAUAAGUAGUGUCGCAAAAUUGUGA